UGUGCGCGCGCGGUUUACGACACUAUACUGCGCAUGCGUGUGAUUUCACGACAUUUCCGUAUAAACACAAUAACUCUGUCAGGAGCAGCAGAUUCUCUUUUAGUAACCGCAAUAGUUUAUUGUUUUACUGCAUAAAUAAACAUGUAAUAUUUGUUUAUGGAAAUUGGAUACCUUAACUGGUCAUUUUGAUGUUAUUUUUACACUAAAAAAGGUUGAAAAUCACCCACUUUGAAUACAAAAUCUGAAAUAAUAUUCCAUAUUAAGUAAGAACUAGGCAAACAUUCUCUUAAACAUUUAAUCUUAAAUGUGUUUUUCAAAGAAGCAGACCUCGUGAAGGAUAACCUGGGCUUUAGUAAAACAUUAGAAGCCAGAAGCAGGAAUAUUAGGUUCAGCUUUAUUGUCAUUAUCAGAGUAAGAGCACAGAGACAAUGAAAUGCAGUCAGCAUCCCACCGGGAGCACAAACAGCAAACCAGUUACAUCAAAUAAAUAAGAGUUAGGGUGCAAUAAGUUGAGAUAAACAGUGUACAGAUAAACAGCAGGGUGCACGCGAUAUUACAAUAUUAUUCAAUAUAGAGUAUUAAUGUGCUGUUUAAAUAAUGUGUCUAAUGGGAAUAGUUUUCACUAGUUCAUUAAUAAAAAUAAAUCUGAGCGGGUCCGUGAUUUUAUUAUUAUUAUUAUUAUUAUUAUUAUUUUAAUAGUUUAAAGUGUUAAAACUGGACUAAACCGCUUUCAUACACUAGGUGGCGAUAGAGCUGCCACACGCCACUUCGCCCCGCCCACUCUCCUCCUAUUGGCCAGAAAUAAAACGAAAAGCUUCGUGAUGAUUGGUCGGCGGUUUGAACUGAUUUUUGUCUGUGGCAGUUGACGUUAAAGACAAAGGACCAAUCAGCGUGCAGCUUGGAGCGGCUUCGAGUUCAAAUUCUGUGAUUUCCAAAUCGUAGGAAAUGUCGGUAGUAACGGCUGCAGUAAACACACGCGUGUCUGAGUUUCAGACUGAAGCAUAAAUUUCACAGAGAACUGAAAGCUGGACAUCUGAGAAGAUCAGACUGCGAUCAGACUGCGAUCAGACAUCAUGCGGGGAAACUGCUGUGCGUCUAAAGCUCAGCUUAGAGGGAAAGGACCUGAUAACCAGGUAGAUGUUCCUCAGGUGAAGCGAUCUCCGUCCUCUCCACACGCCGCUCCCAGGAAACGCUCUGCGUUUGUUGAUCUGACGAACACCAAAAAAGUCCAGAAUGACGUCUGUGUCAAGAACAACAAACCGGCCAAGAGGACACAGACGAGCAAAGUGGUUAUAAAGACCAACAGCAACCUGACAGCGACUAAACGCCUGUCAUCUGAGGAGCAAUGCAGAAAAGCUGUGGAUCAGGAGGAUCAGGUGGAGAAGUCGACAGACUCUGGUGUGUCUCCUGCUAAGGAGCAGCCUGCAGUCCAAGAACAAAAGAUUCCAGAAGAGUUUGAUGUUGAUAAGGAGCAAGCUGGCGACUGUUUGAUGAGUCCGGAGUACGCUAAAGAUAUCUUUGACUACCUCAGACAGAGAGAGGAGAAAUUUGUCUUGACUGAUUACAUGCAGACUCAGCCGGACUUGAACGGAAGUAUGAGAGGAAUUCUAAUCGACUGGAUGGUGGAAGUCCAGGAGAACUUCGAGCUGAAUCAUGAGACGCUGUACCUGGCGGUGAAGCUGACGGACCACUACCUGUCUGUCACGGAGGUGAUGAGAGAAUCCCUGCAGCUCAUUGGCUCCACGGCUAUGCUCAUCGCUGCCAAGUUUGAAGAGCGCUGUCCUCCCAGCAUUGAUGACUUCCUGUACAUUUGUGACGACGCCUACAAUAGACAGGAAUUCCUCGUCAUGGAAAGGAACAUCCUCCGAGGACUUCACUUUGACAUUAACAUCCCUGUUCCUUACAGGUUCCUCAGGCGUUACGCAAAGGUAGCCCAUGCUAGCAUGGAGACGCUAACUUUAGCACGCUACGUGUGUGAACUGAGCCUGCUGGAGCUGGAGCUGGUGCCGGAGAGAGCGUCGCGCUUAGCGUCCGCCUGCCUCCUGCUUGCCCUCAUCACCACCCGCCUGGGAGGAUGGACGGCGGCGCUGCGGUACCACAGCGGCUACGCGCUGAGCGACCUGGGCCCGCUGGUGAGGAGACUGUACGCCAUGCUGGCCUGUCCUGCUGACGAGAACCUCCGAGCUGUGGAGAACAAGUACUCUCACAAAGUCUUCUUCGAAGUUGCCAAAAUCCCGCUGGUGCACACGGAGACGUUAGAAGAGGCGCUGUCUGAACCCGACUUUACUCCGUGUUAAAGAAAACGAACAAAUCUGUUUAUGCUGUAAAUAUUAUUUAUUAUUUGUAUGUAUUUAAUUGUUGUAGUUUUGUACUAGCUUUAAAAGGUUAAUAUUUUUUAAAAAACGUUCAUCAAGUUUGUAGUUGGUUGUUUUAAUUAAGCAGAAACUGACUGUGUAAUUAGAGCAGCUCGAGUAAAUAAAGACUCGGAUAUCUCGUACGUGUCGCUGCAGUUCGAUCCUCAUCUCCAUGUGGGUUUCAUCCGGGUUCCUCGGUUUCCUCCCAAACACAUGCCAGGAUGUGGACUUUACCCUGGACUGAGCAGAAUAAAGUGCUUACUGAAGAAUGAAUCUAAAAAUCAUUUUAUAUAUAAGUUUGCAGCUGGUUGUUUUAAUUAAACAGAAAAAAGUGUAUUUAGAGUAAAUGAAGAUUAUAUUCAUGAUAUUUCUUUCAUUUAUUUAUCUUCAUGAGCGCUCCAUCAUGGUCAGGGUCGCGCUGGAUCCGGAGCAAAUUCCCAGGAACAGCCGGGAAUACAGUUUUUACACACUCACACACACAGGGGCAGUUUGGACUAAGCUAUCUAUCUACUGCUAUGUUUUUGGGAAGAAACCGGAGAACCCAGAGGAAACCCACAUGGACACGGACAGGAAGCGGAGCUCAGGAUCGAACUCGGACGCUGGAGCUGUGAGGAGACGACGCUCCCCGCUGCACCCAUGUUCUUUUAUCGUAAAAUUCUUUUAUUUUAGCUUUAUCAUAAUUAUGGUAGUUUUUUUUCAUUAUGUGGCACUAAAC